AUGGGAGAAGACAACCAGUCCUCUAACAUGGAUUUCAUCCUCCUGGGAGUUAGUGGUCGGCAAGACCAGGAAGAUUUCUUCUUCAUCCUCUUCUUAUUCAUUUACCCCAUCACAUUGAUUGGAAACCUGCUCAUCAUCUUGGCCAUUCGCUCUGACAUUCACCUUCACAACCCCAUGUAUUUUCUUCUUGCCAAUCUCUCCUUGGUUGACAUCUUCUUCUCCUCUGUAACACUCCCUAAGAUGCUGGCAAACCAUCUCUUGGGCACCAAAGCCAUCUCCUUUGGAGGAUGUCUAACACAGAUGUGUUUCAUGUUGGCCUUGGGAAACACAGAUAGCUAUAUCUUGGCAGCAAUGGCAUAUGAUCGUGCUGUGGCCAUCAGCCGCCCGCUUCAUUACACAACAAUUAUGAGCCCACGGAGUUGUAUCCUGCUAGUUGUUGGGUCUUGGGUGGUUGGAAAUGCCAAUGCCUUCCCCCACACUCUGCUCACAGGUGGUCUGUCCUUCUGUGGAAACCAGAGAGUGGCAAACUUCUACUGUGACAUUGCCUCUUUGCUCAAGCUGUCCUGUUCUGACAUCCACUUCAAUGUGAAGAUGAUGCACCUAGGGGCUGGUGUUUUCUCCGUGCCAUUACUAUGCAUCGUCAUCUCCUAUGUACGGGUCUUUUUUACGGUGUUACGGGUUCCAUCCACCAAAAGUGUGCUCAAAGCCUUCUCUACCUGUGGUUCCCACCUGACAGUUGUUUCUUUGUAUUAUGGGACGGUCAUGGGCAUGUAUUUCCGCCCUCUGACUAGUUACAGCCUAAAGGAUGCUGUGAUAACUGUGAUGUACAUCGCAGUGACUCCGAUGUUAAAUCCUUUCAUCUAUAGUCUGAGAAAUCGUGACAUGAAGGCUGCCCUGGGGAAACUCUUCAGCAAGAGAGUCUCCUCAUAA